UCAGCCAUUGUCCAUUUUUAGUAGAAGAAAAUGACAUUGAGAUUGAUGGAUUUUCCAAACAUGGAUGAGGAAAAAGAAAAAGCAAUAUUAGAAACUGCCACACAAAGCAUAAACUCACUUACCAGCUUCGCUAAUAACGUCUCUCCCCAACCCUCUCUUCAAAACACUCAACUCACCAACAUCACUGUUUCAGAACUCAAGAAACUAUCCAACUUACUAAACCGUAAAGGCCACGCUCGCUUCCGCCGCAAUCCGAAUGCAACUCCUGAUCAACCGCUGCCAAAAUCAUCCACUCCCUCCACCUCUACUCAGCCACCACCACCACCACUUCAAAUUCAAAUUCCUCCCAAGAGCCAUAACCAACCUUUAACUCUCGAUUUUACUAAACCUUACACCUUUAUAUCUAACCCUAAAUCCUUAGAUCUAGAAAUCCCCAAGGAAACAUUUAGUUUUCCAUCACUCCUGUCCUCCGCCAUCACCGGCGACGGCAGUGUUUCCGAUGGCAGGCUAGGUCCAUGUCCAUCUAUCAUCCCCACCCCCGCUGUCUCCCGAGGUAAACAGCCUCUUUCAUCCAUCACACCAUUCAUGUCCUCCCCCAUUACCGGCCAUUACACCGGCGAAGGCAGUGGUUCCAAUGGCAGACUAGGUCUAUCUCCAUUCCUUACCCCCUCUGUCUCCCGUGGUAAACAGCCUCUUACAUCUUACUCAUCCUUCAUGUCCUCCGCCAUCACCGGUGAUAGAAGCGUUUCCAGCGGCAGAAUCGGUCCAUCUUAUACCCUCACCCCUGCUGUCUCCGGUGGUAAGCCGCCUCUUUCAUCGCCGACAUUGAAGAAAAGCUGUCACAGUCACUCCGGCGAUGUCUCUGGGAAAACCUCCGCAUCUAAGAAAUGCCACUGCCAGAAAAGGAAAAAUCGGAACAGGAGAGAAGUGAGAGUCCCGUGCAUAAGUUCAAGGAUUGCUGAUAUACCAGCAGAUGAGUAUUCAUGGAGGAAGUAUGGUUCCAAACCGAUUAAGGGAACACCACAUCCAAGGGGCUAUUAUAGGUGCACUGUGUCUAAAAAUUGUCCAGCUAGGAAAAGGGUGGAGAAAGCAAAGGAUGAUCCAAAUAUCCUGGUUGUAACGUACGAGUUUGAGCAUCGUCAUAAUCAAGCCCCAAUGCAAGAGAAUAAUUCUGGUUCAGGGUGUGGGAGUGGGAGCAUGGAUUUGGGGGUGUUUGAGCUAACCUUAGGAGGAGGGAAUUAGAACAAGGGUAUAUUGGUUAUUGGCAGUAGGAAAUAAUAGAAACAGGGUGGUGUUUCCUUUUUCAUUUUAGUAUUUUGACAAGUAAGGUGGUGGUUAGUGUUACUAUGUAAAUCAGGUAUGCUAUAGAAAAGUAAGAUGGUGGUUAACGGUUACCUUCUUUUUAGUUUAUUUUCAUUCGGUGAA